AUGGUAAGUGUCUUUGAGACUCUGUGGAAAAAAGAGGAAGAGGAGCCCGAGGAGGUCCCGGGCUGUGAGGCCAUGAGGGGCAGCCUGAUGUGUCUGGCUCAGGAAUACCCACUGGUGAAGUUCUGCAGCGUCCGCAGCUCGGCCAUCAGCACCAGCGCACUGUUCAGAGACAGCGCUCUGCCCGCUCUGCUUGUAUACAAAGGAGGAGACCUGAUCGGCAACUUUGUGCGGCUCACAGACCAGCUCGGGGAAGAUUUCUUUGCUGUGGACGUGGAGGCCCUGUUGCAGGAGUACGGCCUGCUGCCUGACAAGCCCCAGGUGGUCGCCAAGACGGUUCGCAAUGGAGCCAUCAUGCAGACCAUUGGGAGUGAUGAGGACUCUGACCUUGAUAUAGACUAGAGCCACGCUAUCUUAAAUAUGUUGUAUGCUUGACAUAGCAUAAAGGUUAUUAUGAACAAACGAAGCGGAGACUUUGAGAACAAGGUCGUAAUAUUAAGAGAGUAAAAUUGUAACUUAAUGAGAAUAUAUAUAUAUAUAUAUGUUGAGAAAAAGUGUAUAUUUUUUUAGAAAUCAAUAAGCAAAGAGAAUCAAUGCUUUAAAAAUGUAGAUAUUGGUU